CUACCAGCAAAUGGAAAUUAAAUUCGAAUAAGUAGUAUGACGUUGACAUUUUAAUUGACAGCUAUUACUGGACAUCCAUUAUUUAUGUUUACAUAUUAGAAAUCACAGGGUACAAUAAAAAUAUACUCUAAACUAUAGUAUUAAAAAUUUAUGGGGUGUGGCAAUGACAAAAAAUGGCGAUGACCCCGAACGAGCGUGUGAACUUGAAUGUAGAGGAUUGCAAGGUCUGCCUGGCAGGCGUGAGUUUGUGGGUCCUGUGAAAAUAGUACUUAUUGAAUCAACACCAUUGGACUACAGACGUAAAACACAGCUGUUGUCGAUACCUGCUAUCCUAAUGAUUAGUCCAUUUUUUGGAGGAGGCAUGCUCCUAAAUCGACGUAAUAGAAACUUUCAGCAUUUUUUAUUACAAAUAAGUGGACUGAUAUGCGGCAUGACUAGUUUCGGGUUAAUGGCACAGAAUUUACAGUGCUCGUUCCAUGGACUUACAGGUAUUUUUGGCGUAGUAUUUGCCUUGUUUGCCAGUUUUUUUGGGCCUGGAGUAUACCAUUCUUCUACAGGUGGAUUUUGCGGCAGGAUCCAUAGGAAAGCACACGUGUUAUUUGGCUUGUUUAGCUUCUUAAACAGUACAGCUUGUUUUUUUUGUGCUUUUUUAGAAACAAAAGUUUUAGAUUGGAUUGAAAUACAAUUUCAUACUGUGGUAUUAAUGAUAAUGAUCUUUUUCUACACCCUCUGUGUAUUAGGGUCUAUUUUUAUUAAAUCAAAUGACUCUUAA